CCUGCUUCUGUUUCCUAGGCAACCACCAGGAAGUAACAGCGACCAGCCAAUGAGCUGCUUCACUUCCUGAGACAGCGGCGAAUGGAGUUGACGUGACAACCGAGAUGGAAGCGAACCGGGUGGACUUCUACAUCGGUCUGUCUCUAGCUAUUAGCUCCAGCGCUUUUAUCGGAGCGAGUUUCAUCCUGAAAAAGAAAGGCCUGCUGCGAUUGGCCGGCAAGGGAUCGAUGCGAGCAGGUCAAGGAGGACAUGCUUAUCUGAAAGAAUGGCUAUGGUGGGCAGGACUCAUUUCAAUGGGAGCUGGAGAGGCCGCUAACUUUGCUGCAUAUGCAUUUGCACCGGCUACACUAGUGACUCCUCUUGGAGCGCUGAGUGUACUUGUCAGUGCCGUGCUCUCCUCUUAUUUUCUGAAUGAGAGGCUGAAUGUGCAUGGGAAGACUGGUUGUUUGCUGUGCAUCCUGGGCUCUACAGUGAUGGUGAUCCAUGCACCGCAGGAAGAGGAGGUCGCAUCCCUUGCUGCCAUGGCCGAGAAGCUCGUCGACCCAGGUUUCAUUGUGUUUGCUGUGUGCGUUGUGGGAAGCAGCCUGGUUCUAAUCUUUGCUGUGGCUCCAAGGUUCGGACAGAGGAACGUGCUGGUCUACAUCCUGAUCUGCUCUGUGAUUGGCUCCCUCUCUGUGUCUUGUGUCAAGGGCCUGGGCAUUGGCAUUAAGGAGCUGUUUGCUGGAACAGCAGUGCUGAAGGAACCCCUCUUCUGGUCCUUACUCAUCUGCCUCGUAGUCUGUGUCAGCAUCCAAAUCAAUUACCUGAACAAAGCCCUCGACAUAUUUAACACUUCCAUAGUCACUCCCAUUUACUACGUCUUCUUCACCACAUCGGUCAUGGCAUGUUCAGGUAUCCUUUUCAAGGAAUGGUUGAGAAUGACCACUGAUGGAGUAGUGGGAACAAUUAGUGGGUUCCUCACCAUCAUUUUGGGAAUUUUCCUCCUCCAUGCUUUCAAAGACAUUACGUUUAGCUGGGAUUCCCUCCCACUCUUUCUGAGGAAGAGCCCUCAAGACUUUCCAUGGGGACAGCAGCCUUAUCUGGCUCUUCCCAGCCAGGACUUGCAAGCAGAGGAUAACGUGAAGCUGCCUAGGGAAGGAGGCUUAAACGGAGCAUGGGGUACGCACCAGAGAGCUCCUUAAGGAGACCCAAUAAUCCUGUGACCUCCUGGAAAAAAACUGUGUGUCAAUUGUGACGCUUUCAUGUCCAUCAUAGCUUUACAGUGUGACAAGUUAGUCUCUUACGACUGUGCUACACUGCUUUCCUUUGUUUUUUCAUUUCAGUGCCCAUGUCAACAGAUUAGUGUAGCCACGUGGCCUGUGUGAGACAUGCGUCUGGUCAUGCAGCAGGUCAACUAUAGGAAUGUUUCACAGCAAAAAAUAGACAAUAAAAAUAUAUGUGUGCAAUAAUAUUGACAUUACACCAGCAAGAUUACACUGACAUUUUCACUAUAGUUUCAGUGUGUAGGACAUUACACUAUAUCGUCAAAAGUAUUCUCUCACCCAUCCAAAUAACCAAAUUCAGUUGUUCUAUUCACUUCCAUGACCACAGGUAUAGAAAAUCAAGCACCUAGGCAUGUGUUUGGCAGAGAAUGGAGCUUGUUGGAUUGUAUUGUGCCAAGUGUGAAGAUUGGUGGAGGGGGGAUUAUGAUGUGGGGCUGUUUUUCAGGAGGAAGGCUUGGCCCCUUAGUUGGAACUUGAUUUUGCUCGCAACUUUGCGGGAACAGUCUGGGGAGGACCUCUUCCUGUUCUGUUCCAACAUGACUGCACACCAAUGCACGAAGCAAAGUCCAUAAUGACAUGGAUGAUUGAGUUUGAUGUGGAAGAACUUGACUGGCCUGCACAGAGUCAUGACCUCAACCCACUAGAACACCUUUGGGAUGAAUUAGAGCGAAUACUAUGAGCCAGGCCUUCUCAUCCAACAUCAGUGUCUGACUCGCAAAUGCGUUUCUGGAAGUUCAAAAGUUCCCAUAAGAACUCUUGGACAUAAGAGUCCAAGCUGUUAUAUCUGCAAAGGGUGGGUCAACAACAUAUUAAACCCUAUGGGUUAAGAAUGGGAUGUCACUUCAUACAGUUCACAUGUGUGUAAAGGCAAUUGAGGGAAUACUUUAGCUAAUAUAGUGUAUAUCUCAAUGGCAAAGACAAAGCAGAAAGUGGAGGCUCUGUCUGUCCUAUUAAGUUCAGUCAGUGCAGAAAUGCUUCCUCAUUUUGAACAAGUUAAUCAAAAAGAAUAAUUAUGAUUGAAAUGGAACCCAGUUGAAUUAAUCAUGGCCACUAUUAAAGGCAAAGACAAUGUAGAAGGAUCGAUUAGGCAGUAGCAAUGCUGGCACAAGCUUUACACAAUGCAGAUUGGAGUGGAUGAACAAAGUUGCCUUAAAGUGACCUUAACUAAGAUAUCAGUACACUGGAUUUUAUUUAAAAUGUUAUUUGUACCUGGUAUGUACACCUUUUUUUGUUAAAUACAGAGACAGAACAAGUUUAUAAGUUCCAUAAUUUAUCAAUAUAAAUGUCUGUUGCACAUCUUUACAAUAUAUUGUUUAAAAAUGAAUGUAGAUUUAAUAUUUGCCUUCCUAAGCCAGAUUGUGCCUGUUACUGAAAACUAUAACUAAUUUGUUACCAUGUACAUAUUGCAGAAAGUGAGAAGUCAAGUCAAUUAAAACCUUGACUUUCGGCUUUAAAAAAUCUGUCUGUUUAAUUGAGUAUAAGAGGUUUUGUAGAAUUUUCUAGCGUCUACUGUUCUAGCUUUGUUGUUACAGUGAUGUUUAGCCAAGGUUCACUCACAGCCUCCUCUCUAGGAUGUCAGAAAAAGAUGGAGGACGGCAUCUUAUAUCCAAUAAAAAACAGUCAUUCAAAAAA